AUGUCGAUGCCCAUCGCGGCAAUAGAAUCAUUAGUUGAAUUAAUAAAACAUAGUAAAGCAACGACUUUAUCAGAAUUCAUGGAAUCUCUCAAGGAUGCAAGUCAAAAACUUAAAACUUCUGUAAGAAAUUCGAUUUCAUUAUCAGCAGGUGCUGAUCUAUUCUUGAGGUUCGUUACGAGGACGUCUCAUGAUGUAACGAAUUUUGAAGCUUGCAAAGUACAUUUGAUAAAUAGUGGGAAGGUGUUGGUCGAAAAAGCUACAGCGGUUAGACAUAAAAUUGCCGAGAUAGGUGUGCAAUUUAUUAAAGAUGACGCAACAAUACUGAUUCAUUCGUAUUCUCGUGUGGUGAUGUUGCUGCUUCAACAAGCGGCUGCCCGCAAGAAACGAUUUAAAGUUUAUGUGACAGAAUCGAGACCAACAUCAUUAGGGGUUCAGUCAACAAAAAUAUUACGUAAAGCUGGUAUCCCUGCUACUGUCAUACUUGAUACAGCUGUCGGUUAUAUUAUUGAUAAAGUUGAUGCUGUAUUCGUUGGUGCUGAAGGUGUUGUUGAGAAUGGUGGUUUAAUCAAUGCGAUUGGAACUUAUCAAGUUGCUGUCGUUGCUAAAGCUGCCAACAAACCAUUGUAUGCUGUAAUCGAGAGUUACAAAUUCGUUCGUUUAUUUCCACUUAAUCAAUAUGACCUUCCAACGCACACUCCUGAUUUACUAACGUUUCCGGAUUUGGAAUCUCCUCGUUAUCUCUCUAAUAAUGAUGAAUCUGAGGAUGAUGUUGAAAAUUUUGAGGCAAGUAAUCCGACAGUGGAUUAUACUCCCCCGGAUUAUAUUACAUUGUUGUGUACUGAUUUAGGUGUGCUAACUCCAUCUGGUUAA